AUGUCUACUGUCUUUGGGUGGGUGCUCAUGGGAAAAACGUCUAGUUCACCAGACAGGAACAUAGUCACUAUGUGCUCAACCACGGAUUCGGUAGAAAGAAAGUUACAGCGUUUUCUAGAAAACGAAGACGUUCCAAUCGUAGAGAAAUCUAGUCAGGCUGACUUGGAAUGUGAACGAAUAUAUCAAUCGACCACAACGCACCAAUCGGAUGGUCGUUAUAUAGUGCACUUACUAUUCCAGAAAGACCCACCACUUCUCGGGAAAUCGAAAAACGUGGCAUUGCAUCGGUUAGAGCAGUUGGAAAAUCGGUUCAAACGGUUUCCUAAGCUCCGUAAGGAGUACCACAACGCAAUGAAAGACUUUUUGGACUUGGGUCAUAUGUCUCAAAUAAAAGUGCCAUCAGUCGAUGAACAGACGGGUGCGUCUUAUAUUCCCUAUCAGGCAGUGCUGCGUCCGGAGAGUACAACUACGAAAACGCGUAUUGUUUUCGACGCUCCGGCAAAAUCUUCUUCAGGACUAUCUUUCAACAAUAACCUUUGGUGUGGAGCAAAACUACAACAGGAAUUACCCAGCAUAGUCCUACGUUUCAGACUACAUUUCAUUGUAUUUACUGCUGAUAUAAAGCAAAUGUUCCGUCUAAUAAAAGUGAUCGAAGCUCACCGGCUAUAUCAACGUUUACUAUACCGCAAAAUGAGCCGAUCCAGGAGUACGAAAUGA